AUGGAAGCAUUGCACGAUUCCGGACAUGACCAAGAAGGCCUCUGUGGAAUGCAACUUCUGCCAUGGUGUUACAUUGGUGGUAUUACUCGAAUGAAGUACCACCUUGCAAAUGUCAAGUAUCAAAAUGUCGUUUUGUGCCAACAAGUUCCAGCUGAUGUGAAGCAAGAGAUGAGGGAUAAGAUCUCAAGGAAAGAUGAAGCAAAGGAAAAGAAGGCCAGGGAAUCAUCAAUACGCAGAAGUGACGUCACUUUGGAUGGAAAUGAUGCUAGGGCUACUGAUGAAGAUGACAUCUUGGGUGGUGGUAGUGGGGGUGGUUUGCUUGUAUUAUCAGGGAAACGACAGAGUAAGGGCAACACAUAUGGUUCUAUGGAUAAGUUUUGCACCAAGUCAACAGAAGAGGUUGUGGCCGCAAGGAAGGGGGAAGGCUUUUCUACAAAGUUGCAAACCAAGUUGUCCACUCAAAGAAGGGAAGAGAGGCGGGUUCGUGCUUGUGAGUAUGUUUGUCAGUUCUUCUAUGAAGCCGGAAUUGCCCACAAUGCAGUCUUGCUUCCAAGCUUUGAACUUAUACUUGAAGCGGUUGGAGCGUUCGGGACAGACAUGAAAGGCCCCACUCCUUAUGAAAUGGGUGGCCCUUACUUACAGAAGAGCAAGAAGAAAGACGAGGAAGGAUUUGCUGGACAUAAAGAAGCAUGGAAGCUCACUGGAUAUGUGAGAAAAGAUGGCAAGAUGAUAUUUGAUCUUGUUGAUAGAUGCAUAGAAGAAAUUGGGGAGAAGAAUGUCGUUCAAAUUGUAACGGAUAAUGCCUCAGUCAAUAUAGCAGCAGCAGCAAUGAUGAAAUUGAAGUGUCCCUCCCUAUUUUGGAAUGGUUGUGCAGCCCACACAAUUGAUUUGAUGUUGGAGGACAUAGGGAAGCUUCCUAUGAUCGAACAAACCAUUGCCAAAGGAAAGGCUGUGACUGUGUUCCUUUAUGCGCAUACAAGAGUUUUGGCAUUGAUGAGAAAAUUUCUUGGAAAAGACCUAGUCCGCUCUGGUAUUACUAGGUUUGCAAUAGCAUAUUUGAACUUGAAAAGCUUGCAGGACAACAAAAAAGAGCUACAAAAGUUGUUCAGGUCCGAUGAACUCAAUGAAAUGGACCACCUAAAAAGGCAAAGGGGAAGAACGCAGCUAAAAUCGUUCGCUCUGAAACUUUCUGGAAAGCAGUAG